AUGUGCUCCGGAGGGACGCUGAGCAUCCUGCGCAGCGACUCCUACGCUGACCUCAGCCAGUACCGGGACCAGCACUUCCGGGGGACGCGGUACGACCAGGAGCGGCUGUUGAGGAAGAGCUGCACGCUGUACGUGGGGAACCUCUCCUUCUACACCACGGAGGAGCAGAUCCACGAGCUCUUCGGCAAGAGCGGCGACAUCAAGAAGGUCAUCAUGGGGCUGGACAAAGUGAAGAAAACCGCCUGCGGCUUCUGCUUCGUGGAGUAUUAUGCAAGAGGAGAUGCUGAAAAUGCAAUGCGAUACAUCAAUGGAACCAGACUUGAUGAUAGGAUCAUAAGGACAGACUGGGAUGCAGGAUUUAAGGAGGGUAGACAGUAUGGUCGUGGAAGAUCAGGGGGCCAGGUCCGAGAUGAGUAUCGGCAAGACUAUGAUGCUGGAAGAGGUGGCUACGGCAAAACUGUUCAAUGCCAGUGAAUAGUGAAUGACUCGUCAGCCUCACAGGAGAACUAAAUCUGCAUUGUAAAUGUCACCAGGCACAAAGUAGGUCUGUUGCACACAAAUUUAUGUAGCUAGAAAUUCAGAGAAACUACUAUCCAUGUUCCUGUGAUCACAUAGUAUGUUCAAUAUCUCUUCUGUUUUAAUACCAGGACCCAAAGCAUUGCAGGGUACAUUAAUACAGAGGACCUGGGAGCAAGGUUUUAAGCAAUACUAUGCAUGAGGCUUUGGUGUCUAAAUGCUGCUGUAACUCUACUGAAAGGAACAAAGGUUUAACGAUAUGGUGCUUUUUUUCACUGGCAAAACUUGAUUAUUCAAUCACUGGGUUUUGUUUACAUUGGUAUCACAGGGUGGAGAGCGGUGGUGAAGGAGGAUCAGUGUAUGUUUCAGAGAUGAAAGAGAAAGGCAAAGAGCCUGAAAAGGAAGUGGAAUUUCCCCUGUUUCUAGGGAAGACUUAAAGUUGCAGAUUUUCUGGGGUUACUGGAUUAGCAUCCUUUUACACUGAUGCUGUUCCUAGCACACCUACAUGAACGGCCACAGUACAACAAGUCAGAUUGAUGAGCCCAAGAAUCAUAAAGCGAAAAGCAAGCCUAGCAGAGAGCAAAAAACAGACCCUUGCAGUCUUCUACAAAGUAUAAUGUGAUUGCACGACAUUGCAUGAUUCAGAACCAGUUUGCUUUGUGGGAUACAGAGAACAGCAAAUGUAAGAAUAACACUAGCAGUUAUUUUCAGAGUUGGAGUAGCAGUAUUUUGCUCCUGUCUGGUAGCUCUCUACAGCCUUACUGUUUGAGCAACAGUAUCUUUCCUGUGCCUGCAAGGGUGGUAUGAAGCCAAGUUGUACAGUUACCCCCCAAAAUGGGACGUUUGGGAAACUGUGUGUAUAAUGAGAAAGUUUGUUCUCAAAGUAGAUUUUCUAUUCGAGAAACUUGAUUUCAGACAAAGGUAAAAAUAAAAAAAAGGUGAGUUUUGGGAGGAGCCUUACUUUCUACUGAGCACGUGGUAAGAAUGGUAAAAGAACUGCAGGACUGUAUAGGGUUUUUUUUGUUUGUUUUUUUUUUUUCCCCCCCGCUUCCCCUCUCUGGAUCCUAUUAAUCCUGCUAGUUUAUAUGAUGGGAUUUUGAUGUACUGCAGACAUAGGAAUAAAAAUAAUUAGUGAUCCCAAGAUCUGUGAAAUUGACCUGCUGAAAUGAAAUAGUUUAAAAGGAACUGUUAGAGGGCUUUGGAUUUUUUUUUUUUUUAAUGGACUUCUGAGUUCUUUGGAAAUGGCAAUUCAUAAAGUUUUGUCCAAAUACUUAGUUGUCCGUGACUCCUUAAAAACCUUUAAAAUACCAGGUAUGUAAAAGUUGGUCUUUACUCACUGAAGAUAUUGUUGGAAAUCUUGAUGUGUUUCUUGUGUACAGUUAGUCGCAACUGUUACUGUAAAUUGGAAAUACAGUGAGGUAGAACAACUGCAAUGAGACUUUGCUUACUUAGGAAGUGAGGUUUUGGGUGGGCUUUGGUUUUUUUGGCACAUAGAGUAAAACUAGAUUUUCAGGAUCACUUGGUGCUGGUCUGUGAACAAGACUUUGAACAAAGUUACCUUUUUUCUAUAUAGUACAUUUGAUUAUGAGUUUACAGCCUGUAAUUGCUCUAGGAAACCUCAGAAGCUUAUUUUUCAUUGUAUCAAUUUUGUAUUAAAAAAAUGUGUUACCAAAACUCUAAGUCACUUUCAAAUAAAGCUGCAACA